AGCGGCGCCCCGGUCCCGCCGGAUGGAUGCGUCUUCUUCCCCAACUGCCGGUCUGCGCUGGCGGGGAGGUGUGGGAAGAACCUUUAAACAACGUGCUCUGCGAUUGGACCUACCUUUGCAGGAGCACCAAUAGGACGGCGCAUUACUGAGCUCGCCCGGUGGUGUCUUGGUGAGGGGGCAGCGCGGUGGUGCGGGGUCGCCAUGCCGCAUUACCAGACCUGGGAAGAGUUCACGCGCGCCGCUGAGAAGCUCUACCUCGCCGACCCCAUGAAGGACAAGCAUGCAGAGUUGGCUUGAGAAGGGCUGUGACAAGAUCAACCCCCCCGCCCACAGUCUGGUUCUGGAGGAGGUGCGUGUGGUUCUUAAAUAUCGCCACUGUGAUGGGAACCUUUGUAUCAAAGUAACAGAUGAUGUCGUUUGUCUGCUAUAUAGAACAGACCAGGCUCAAGAUGUAAAGAAGAUAGAGAAAUUCCACAGUCAGCUGAUGCGACUUAUGGUAGCUAAGGAAUCCCGCAGUGCUGCUAUGGAAACGGACUGAUUUGCUUUGAAUGCUCCGGUCAUAUUUCGCAGGAAGAAAAUAU